CUCCAUCGUACGUCACGUGGGUGUUUCUCGUGCCCCCUCCCUGAACAGCGGAGACUCCAUUUUGUUUGAUUUCUGCGGUCACAGUCGACAACCUGCACGGAAACACCACCAGGACCACUUAAAGGAAACUGUUACCGGCGACACCAACAAUGAGUGGAUGUCGUAUCUUCAUCGGCCGUCUGAGCCCCUCGGCCAGAGAGAAGGAUGUGGAGAGGUUCUUCAAAGGAUACGGCCGCAUCCGAGACAUCGACCUCAAGAGAGGUUUCGGCUUUGUGGAGUUUGACGACCCCAGAGAUGCUGAAGAUGCUGUUUAUGAGCUCGAUGGCAAAGAGUUGUGCAACGAAAGGGUGACCAUUGAGCAUGCCCGUGUACGUCUGCGAGGCGGCCGUGGCAGAGGAGGCGGCGGUGCAGGAGGACGUUUCUCUGAUCGAUAUGGCCGAGGCUCCCAGAACAGUCGGAGCCGAAACCCUCCUCCAAUGCGCACUGAGAACCGCCUGAUCGUGGAGAACUUGUCCUCCCGUGUCAGCUGGCAGGACUUGAAAGAUUUCAUGAGACAAGCUGGAGAGGUGACAUUUGCAGACGCACAUCGGCCCAAGCUCAACGAAGGGGUUGUUGAGUUUGCCUCUGGCAGUGAUCUGAAAAACGCCAUGGAGAAACUGUCUGGAAAGGAAAUCAAUGGCAGGAAAAUCAAGCUCAUUGAGGCAGCCAGGAAGAGGUCGAGAAGUCGUUCCCGGUCUGAGAGCUCUUCUCGCUCACGGUCCCGUUCCCGCGGUCGCUCCCCAUCCCGCUCCCCCAGACGCUCCCGCAGCCCCGCCCACAAAACCCACAACCGCUCACGCUCCCACAGCGGCUCCCCUGCCGGUGGCGCCUCCUCCCCAACCCCCAAAUCAAAAGAGCCCGCCAAACGUUCUUCCAAGACAAGCAAAUCCGCUACCCCGCCCUCCCCUCCACCGGCACAGAGAGCCUCCGUCUCCCGCUCCCGCUCUCGUUCACGCUCCCGCUCUCGCUCCCCUUCCACUGACAGUCAGCGCUAAACGCUGCGUUUAGGUGUAAAGGGAAUCAACAGUAGACACAACUUGAUUCAGCCGUAGAAUCAGCGUGGAGGAGUUGGCACACUGGAGCUCCCAUGAUCCCCCUUCUGAGAGAGACGAGAGCUUCCCUCGAGUAAAGUUUUGUCAUAACUUUCAAGUUCCUGACAUGAAAUCACCGACCCAUCGUCAGACAGGAGCGAAGAUACUCAAAUAUUUUAUCGUCAUUAUAGGAAGUUUAACACUUGUUACACAGUGAUGCUGUUUUUGUACCUGUCGUUACCCAUCCAGUCUGAACCCAUAUCUAUGUCGACACCCUCCGAAUUAAUUUAUCCAAUCAGGCUGCAACUCCCCUGCUGCUGCACCAUCGUCGUCUCUUCUCACAAAAUCUCCAAAAUGCCCAGCAUCAAGUUUCACUGUCAUCUCGACACUUUGAAAAACUUUAAAGAGGGAAUCUGUCUUUUUUGUCGGCAGCACAAGGAUGCUUUUGAUAAGUAGUGUGACCACUUCCUUUAUUUUGCGAUGCGUUUGCGUGUUUUUGCUCGUCAGUCCUGAUCACUCGUUGUCCAAAUCCUUUCACCUCUUCUUCCCUUGUUUUCUGACCGACUGUAUCCACCACAGCCGGUGUGUUUGAUAUAUAUACCUGAGGAUGCUUGCAUGUGUUUUUGGUUUGAUUGGAUAUUUUUUUUACUUUAAAAAGUGUUUUGCUAAAGCUCAAUACCACCAUCGUUCCAGCAGGAAAACAGCUGAACAGUAAAUUAACUAUGUCCUGGAUCUUUUUCCGACUCACUUCUGUUUUGUCGGGAUUCUUUGAGGAUAAGGUCAACACUUUAAAAUGGUGUUGCUCCCAGAAUGCAGUUUGCUCUAGCAUUGUAAUUAAUGUUUUUAUUUUUUGGUUUAAGGUUUUUGUGUACAGCAUUGCAGAUUUUGUUUGACAUCAGUGUAUAAUGUGAUUCCACGAAUGCUUGUUGGUACUGUGACUGAUGUUACUGUGGUUUAAAUGAACGUGUAGACAAGAGUUUGGAAAAACAAACGAAAAAAAAAGCAAGAUUUUUGUACGUAAGGAUUUUAUUUUCAGUGAAAAAUAUGAUGGACGUUUGUAUGGUGUAGGAAGACGGUGGACUUAAUAAAACAGUUUUAACUAAA